ACAACUUUGCAGCCUCGGGGAGGGUGAGAGCCGGCGGCGUCCGGGGCUCUCCGGUGGUCGGCCAUCGGAGCUCGGAAUGUGAUCGAGGAUGCUGGCCCUGCGGCUGCUCAACGUGGUGGCCCCUGCCUACUUCCUGUGCAUCUCCCUGGUGACCUUCGUCCUGCAGCUCUUCCUUUUCCUGCCCAGCAUGCGGGAGGACCCCGCCGCUGCCCGCCUCUUCUCACCUGCCCUGCUCCACGGGGCGCUCUUCCUAUUCCUUUCGGCCAACGCCCUGGGAAAUUAUGUCCUGGUCAUCCAGAACUCUCCAGAUGACCUGAGCACCUUCCAGGGGACCUCGUCCAGGAGGGCUCAGUGCCCUCCACCCAGCACCCACUUCUGCCGAGUGUGCGCCCGGGUCACACUAAGGCACGACCAUCAUUGUUUCUUCACGGGCAACUGUAUCGGCAGUAGGAACAUGCGCAACUUUGUCCUGUUCUGUCUCUACACCUCCCUCGCCUGCCUCUACUCCAUGGUGGCUGGUGUGGCCUACAUCUCUGCCGUCCUUUCCAUCUCCUUCGCCCAUCCUCUGGCCUUCCUCACGCUCCUGCCCACGUCUAUCAGCCAGUUCUUCUCCGGCGCUGUCCUCGGUUCUGAAAUGUUCGUCAUCCUCAUGCUCUACCUCUGGUUUGCCGUGGGCCUGGCCUGUGCCGGCUUCUGCUGCCACCAGCUGCUGUUGAUCCUCCGGGGGCAGACCCGCCACCAGGCUCGAAAAGGGGUGGUAGUGAGUGCCCGGCCCUGGCGCAAGAACUUGCAGGAGGUCUUUGGAAAGAGAUGGUUGCUGGGCCUGCUGGUCCCCAUGUUCAAUGUCGGAAGUGAGACCUCUAAGCAGCAGGACAAGUAGCAGGCAGGCACUGUCGUCAUCGUUCCUGCGUCUCCAUUCCUCCUGCACAUAAGACCAUGGCACCUUGUCUCCACCAUGCCCCACUACAACUCCAGGCUGGUAAGGUCCUCUCGCCCACUCCAGGGUCUUCAAAUCCACAGGAAACAGCGCUAGCUGAUGGGUGGUGACCAGGAGGAAAACUGACCAUCCAGGCAUAGCCAGCCAACCGGUGGCUACUCAGAUGCCUCUGCCUGGCAGAUCUCUUCCCUUCCCCCUCUGCCUGGCCCAUCCACUCCACCAUGUCUCAUGCCACACAGCUCCUUCUUGAGCUUUCACUCACAUUGCUGCUGCUUCCAGGACCCAGAGACUGGCAAAUGUUCCGAUGGUCAUGUGUGAGAGACAACCAAGUCAGCUCUGCCAGCUACUAGGGAGCUGGUGGGGGGUAUGUAUGUCCAUAUCCCCCCCACCCCCCGUCAGAUGAAGGGCAGGGAGGAGGAACCUAGCACAGGCACUUGCUGUCUACCCCCAGGCUCAAGGUCCUUUCUCUGGAGGCAGCAACUAAUGGCUUGCUAUUGUUCAUUGCUGUUUCCUGACUGCCCAGUCUCAGAUGGGCACCUCAGUAUAGGCCAGGACCUGGCUGGAUGCUUUCUUUCCCGGGCAUCCCUCCAGCCUCUGCCUUCAGUCUCCAACCUCCGGGUUUUUGUCAAGUGUUAGGAAAGGAAGAAGAGAGAGAGAAAGAGGAGUUACUGAUAAAUGAGAGGGGCAUGUAAACUG